AUGAAUGUCGAUAAAGAAUAUCCGGAGACUGGAGUAAAUGUGACGAUGACUGGGCGUUCAACUAAAGGUCACUGCCAGGAUGUUACUCAAUAUCCUAAAAUCAGCUGGAGUUAUGUGUCCAGUUCUGCAGAGAUGAACUGCAGCCAUAACAAAGGCUUUACCUAUAUCCAGACAUACUGGUACAUUCAGCGACCGGGAAAGACCAUGACCUUCAUCCUCUCCAAACUUCUUGGGGGGAAAAUUGAAUAUGGAGAUAUCUCUGAAGCAAAAUAUUUAGCCAGCAAAAAAAACUUUGACAUUGGGACUCUCACUGUGAAACACUUGCAGUUUAAUGACAGCGGGGUGUAUUUUUGUGCUGUUGGCAGACACAGUAAUGUGAGAAGUGUUUGUGAGGGUCUUAGAGUUCAUCAGACUCCCUCUGAUAUUAUCGCACAACCUAGUGGCAAACCUGGUGACAAAAUUCAGAUUUUCUGCACCCAUAAUAAAACAGACUACUGGGUGAUGCUCUGGUACCAGCAGCCACCUGGAGACACAGCUAUGAAACUCAUUGGGUAUUUAUACUCCAAAGAUGUCACAAUGGAAGAGCUAUAUAAAAAUAAUUUCAACAUCUCUGGAGACCUGACUGGGAAUACAGCAAAGAAGAGUUCUCUCAUAGUUAAACUUACAGGAGAAGAGCAAAAUGCAGUUUACUACUGUGCUGCGAGAGAAGCACAAUGA